UUAUGCAGACGUCACCGGGGAGCCCCCGCCCUCUCCUGCAUCUCAUUAAGUGCCUGGUGUGUUUCUCGCUCCCUGUCAAUAAUCCCGGAUCCCAGACUUCUCCGUUCCUCCGGAUUUCGAUCCCCCUUUUUCUAUCUGUCAAUCAGCGCCGCCUUUGAACUGAAAAGCUCUCAGUCCAACUUCAACUCACUCAAACCCGAGCGGCACAGGCUCCCCAUAUCCGCGGCGACUGCCCCCCCGUCACAGCUGACUUCUGGGCUUGGUUUGUUGCAUUAUUUUUUUUUUAACCCCCCUCCCCCCCCGCUGCUCCCCCCUCCCCACGGUUUAUAUAUUUUUUAUUAUUAUUAAUUUUUCCGCGAGUGCGUGCGCGGGUGUGCGUGUGCGCGCAGUGCACGCCGAGCAGCUCCCGGGAAGAAAGAAAGAGAAAAUCCCGAAGAAGGAAAGGAAGAAGCCUAAAGUCACUGGUGCAAAGGAGCAAAGAAGAGACAUUUCCCUCCCCUCCUCCUCCCUCUUUUCCCCUCCCCAGGAGGAAAGAGAAGGGGAAAAAAAAAGAAACUUUCACCUUGGACUCCUCUUUUUUUGGUGCAAACUUUCCCCCCCCCCCUUCUUUUUCCUUCCCCCCCCCCAUUCCCCUCCUUUUUUUUUUUUUUUCUUUUGUUUUUCCCCUUCCCCUUUUUGCAAAAUUGCUGCUGGUGGGGUGAAGCAGGAGGAAAAUGCCGCAGCUGAACGGCGGUGGAGGGGACGACCUGGGCGCCAACGAUGAACUGAUCUCUUUCAAAGACGAAGGGGAGCAGGAGGAGAAGAUCUCCGAGAACUCCUCGGCGGAGAGGGAUUUAGCUGAUGUCAAGUCAUCUCUCGUCAAUGAAUCAGAAACGAAUCAAAACAGCUCCUCAGACUCGGAGGCGGAGCGGCGGCCCCCGCCUCGGUCCGAAACUUUCAGAGAUAAAUCCCGGGAAAGUUUAGAGGAAGCUGCGAAGAGGCAAGAUGGAGGGUUGUUUAAGGGCCCACCAUACCCGGGUUAUCCCUUUAUAAUGAUCCCCGACCUCAGCAGCCCGUAUCUGCCCAAUGGAUCGCUCUCUCCGACGGCGAGAACGUAUCUGCAGAUGAAAUGGCCACUGCUUGAUGUUCAGGCAGGGAGCCUUCAGAGUAGACAAGCCCUCAAGGAUGCUAGGUCUCCAUCUCCAGCACACAUUGUUUCUAACAAAGUGCCAGUUGUGCAGCACCCACACCAUGUACACCCUCUUACGCCGCUUAUCACAUACAGCAAUGAGCACUUCACACCAGGAAACCCUCCUCCACACUUACCAGCUGACGUAGACCCCAAAACAGGAAUUCCAAGGCCUCCACAUCCUCCAGAUAUAUCUCCUUAUUAUCCAUUAUCACCAGGCACUGUAGGACAAAUCCCCCAUCCGCUAGGAUGGCAAGGUCAGCCAGUGUACCCAAUCACGACAGGGGGUUUCCGCCACCCUUACCCAACAGCUCUGACCGUCAAUGCUUCCAUGUCAAGCUACUUUUGUCAGAGAGUGGGAAGGCACUUGGACAACCCACUUGGCGAUUUGUGUCCGUUUCCUCCACACAUGGUCCCGCCACACCAUAGUUUACACACAACUGGAAUUCCUCAUCCGGCCAUAGUCACACCAACAGUCAAACAGGAAUCUUCCCAGAGCGACGUUGGCUCACUCCACAGCUCAAAACAUCAGGACUCCAAAAAAGAAGAAGAGAAAAAGAAGCCACACAUAAAGAAACCUCUUAAUGCAUUUAUGUUGUAUAUGAAGGAAAUGAGAGCAAAAGUUGUAGCAGAAUGCACAUUGAAAGAGAGUGCAGCCAUCAACCAAAUCCUCGGUCGAAGGUGGCACGCGUUAUCCAGAGAAGAGCAAGCGAAAUACUAUGAACUAGCAAGAAAGGAGCGACAGCUUCACAUGCAGCUGUACCCGGGCUGGUCUGCACGGGAUAACUAUGGAAAGAAGAAGAAGAGGAAAAGGGAUAAGCAGCCAGGAGAGACCAAUGAACACAGCGAAUGUUUCCUAAAUCCUUGCCUUUCACUUCCUCCGAUUACAGACCUGAGCGCUCCUAAGAAAUGCCGAGCGCGCUUUGGCCUUGAUCAACAGAAUAACUGGUGCGGCCCCUGCAGGAGAAAAAAAAAGUGCGUUCGCUACAUACAAGGUGAAGGCAGCUGCGUCAGCCCACCCUCUUCAGAUGGAAGCUUACUAGACUCUCCUCCGUCCUCCCCCGCCAUGCUCGCCUCCCCCUCCAGAGACUCGAAACCACAGACUGAACAAACGCAACCCCUCUCGCUCUCAUUGAAGCCCGACCCGCUGGCGCACCUGGUGAUGAUGCCGCCGCCAUCCUCGCUCGUGCUCGCUGAGAGCGCCGCGAGCAAGCCCGGCGCCCUGCCCGCCGCCAGCUGCCCCAACGGGGCCCUGGACCACCCGCCGGCCGCCCUCCCGCCGGCCGCCGCCGCAUCCCUCGCACAGCCCUCGACGUCCUCCUUGCAUUCCCACAGCUCGCUGGCGGGGACACAGCCCCAGCCGCUCUCCCUUGUAACGAAGUCCUUAGAAUAGCUUUAGCCUCGUUAGCCCUUUCGGUUUCCUUUCGGGGGGAUUGAAUUCUGUUGGUAUUUGGGGUUUUGGGUUUUUUUUUUCCUUUUCCUUAUUUUUUUUUUCUUCUCGUUGUUGUCGUCCACUGUUUGUCGUCGUUUCUCGGUUUCAUUUUUAAUUUGUGCCAUGUGGCUACAUUAGUUGAUGUUUUAUCGAGUUCAUUGGUCAAUAUUUGACCCAUUCUUAUUUCAAUUUCUCCUUUUUAAAUAUGUAGAUGAGAAAAGCCUCAUGAUUCUGCCAAAAUUUUUAUCAACAGCUGUUUAAAGUCUUUGUAGCGUUUAAAAAAUAUAUAUAUAUACAUAAUUGUUAUGUAGUUCCAAUAGCUUAGUUUUAAAGACUGAUUUUAAAAAUUAAAAAAAAAAAAGAAGCAAUUUUGAAGCAGCCCUUGCCAGAGGCAUUGGUUCUUUAUUAUUUGUAUUAAAUACGAGCUUGCGAACCAAUCAUUUUACAUCUGGUUUUUAAACCUUUAAGGGCACAACGAAUGCGGUGCCGCUACUACUUCUUUUUUUUUUCUUCCUUGUGUGAAACAACCUUUAUUGUGAUGUUACUUGUUAUUGUUUAAAUGUACAGAAACAAAGGGUUAAAAAAAUGUGUUAAUAUACCUUGUUCCAUGGUGUUGUUCUUUUUGGGGGAGGGGACGCUACUCAACAAUUAAAAGUAUCACAACGCUAUUGGACCAGUAGUAUUUAUUGCUUUAGAAAUUGCUUGUUGUAUCUGUAUGUUGUCCCUUUUUAAAUGUUUUUUCUUCUUUUAUUUUUUCCUUGAAACAUUGUAUAAAGGGUUUUUUUUUUCCUUUAGUGUAAGCAUCUUAUAUAUAACAACUCAUUUGUACAAGGUUUUUAAGUUUAUAUAUAAAUGUGUAUAUAUAUAUUUUUUCCGGGAUUUUGUUUUUGAUUUGUUUUCAUGAUUUUUUUUUUUUUUUUUUUUUUUUUUUUUUUGCUAUAUGAAAUACGGUUGCCACCAAAUGGACAUUCGCAGAUGCAUUUUUUCAAGGAUCAAUAGUGUAAAGAAUAAAAUUGCUUUAAAAGCCAUUACACUCGAAAAGACUUGAAAAUUUAGCAAGGGAAUUUUUAGCAAUGCUGUUUGAAAAAUAGCAAGGUCCAAGUGUCUCCCGUUCAGAACUGCAGCUGAAUCCCCUGCGACAUUAGGACUGUAGGCUGUGUGCAAAAUUUUUAUGUGCCAAAAUUCUCAGUGACUUUUAACUUUCUCCCGACAACUUUAUUAUUUUUUUUAAUGCUGUAAUUUUUUUGUUCAUCCUGUUUUGCUGUGAUGUUACAUAGGUAGAUAUGUAUGUAGUUUUAAUGUCACCUAUAACAGACGUGUUUGGUAGCAGAUUGUCCGGAAAGCAUUUAAAAUGAAGAGGUAUAAACCCUUAAGGGCCAAAUUCUGUAUAUUAGAUUAUUCAUAAAAGGAAAAUCAGACUGCCACUUUUAUGUACACUUACUACAUACAGGUAGGUAGCAAACUUAAAACAAAAAAAAAAAACCUAGGCAUGUUGAUGUUGCAAAAAACGCUGUAUAAAGCUGAAAAAUUGUUCAUCUGUUCAUUCAGUGCCAUUGUAGUUGACAUGAAGCGAUUGUAAAACUGUCUCAGAUUUUUCUCUGGUUUAUUAAGAUGCUAACUAUAACAUUUUUUGUGAAUACUUUGAAUGUUUCCUAACAGUUGUGAUGUUACUGUUCCGUUUUAUGCUCUUAUUCCGAUUUUCAUUUUUAAUGGUUUGGAAGCCAUUUUUUGUAAUGAAUAAAUGUUCAUGCUGUACAGUAUCUGUAGCAUGCAGUUCUGGAUUAAUAAAAGCAACUUAGUAUGUGCAGAGAA